AAGAGAGAGAGAAAAAGGGAAAGUUGGUUUGGCAACGUUAUAAGUUUCUGCAUUCCAUUAGGGUGUAAUUCUCACCUUUGAGAGAAAAAGAAGAUAUUGAAGGCUGAGCAAAAGUCUUAGAAACAUCAGGAAUAUCUAUAUAGAAAGAAGGAGAAAAAGAUCAAGAAGAAGUGAUGUCAACAACUUCACAUACAAUUGGUCACCACAGCUUAUUUGAGGAGCAGGAUCAGAUUCCUACACAGAUGGGCUUCUUUCCUUUUUCAUCAAAUCUUACUUUGCCUCCUUUGGGUUGCCACCAAUCCUCUUUGAAAGCCUUCAACUCCAUAACAACACCUUCUUCACUUCCCAUAUCUCAACAAGAUUCUUCUACAUCAAAUCUAACACAAACCCUAUUUCACAAGUCAAGAGAACACCUCACUUCUACCUUUGGAGGACCUCAGUUUCUGUCCUUGCAUAGAUCCACUCUAAAUCCAUGGGCACUGGGAGAAGUGAGUGAGUGCUUCAGCAGUAAAAGAAGUGGAUUUGAUGAUCAUCAUCAUCUGGGAAUUUCAGCCAUGAAGAUGAAGAAAAUGAAGGCAAGAAGGAAGGUUAGAGAGCCUAGGUUUUGCUUCAAGACUAUGAGCGAUGUGGAUGUAUUGGACGAUGGCUACAAGUGGAGGAAGUACGGACAGAAAGUUGUGAAGAACACGCAGCACCCCAGAAGCUAUUACCGUUGCACACAAGAUAACUGUCGUGUAAAGAAACGCGUGGAGCGCUUAGCGGAGGAUCCAAGAAUGGUGAUAACAACAUAUGAAGGGAGACAUGUUCACUCUCCAUCAAAUGAUCUUGAAGAUUCUUCAUCUCCAUCUCAACUUGGGAAUUUCUUAUGGUAGAUUAUUAUUAUUAUUAAGUGAACAUAUAUAAUAUUUGUGUAUAAUUAAUGCUUGAGGGUGUGCUUUGUUGAGAUGAGAAUGCUGAUCAUGUAUUCAAGAAAUGCAUAAUCUUCUCUAUCAACUAAUCCAUUGUUUUCAUCACUUCCAAGCACACCAUAAGAGUGUUGUUGCCUUUUCCUUCUGUCAUGUACUACUGAUUAAAAACUGAUUAAGAUACUAGUUGCCUUACUUUUUGGCUUUUU